GGUGGGGGCACCGGCACCGGCACCGGCACCGGCACCGGCACCGGCACCGGCAUCACAUGGCCCUGCCGCUCGGCGCUGCCCUGCAGGAUCCCAGCCUGGCCAUGGCACAUGCCGCACCUGUGACCGAUGAUUUAGGUGAGUGGACCCUGGGGUACACAGGCAGCUGGUAAGUUUUGCCGCAGGUUUUUGGGGAACCUCAGCCAGAGCAGGAUCCUGGAGCCUCAGGUGACGGAGCCAGCGAUGGGCCCCCCCUGCCCCGUGUGCCUAGACUGGCCGAAUCCAUCCUUCCGGGGGCCGUGAGCGGGAUUUAGGGUGCAGAGCUGUGUGCCGUGAAGCAAUGAACCCCCCGCGGGAAUGCGAUGGGGUGCAGGGUAGGGGAUGGGGCAUCUUGUCCCUCCUGCACAAAGAAGGCGUUUGUAGAUGGAAAGAAGGCAGGAUCUGGCUAGUCCUGUCCCAUCCCCUGGCUCAGGGCAAAUGGGGGCUCGUGGCAGGCCCAGAGGGGUCUCAGCGAGGACUUGGGGUCCUCCCCAUCCCGGGGCUGCCCUGAAGCCCUCCUCAUCCCACAGAGAUCAUCGAAGAGGUCAUGAAGGAGGAUGGCUUCCAGCCGGAUCCAGCUCCUGCCCUGCCUAAAGUGCUGCCCAAAGGCUCAGCCAAGUUGGUGGCCCGUGGCUCCAGCCCCGUGGUGGCCACCCGGCCGCUGCGCCCGGCUGAGCCCUGCCCACUGGCAGCCGGGCUGGCGCCUUAUGGUGUGGCGGUGCUGCCGGCCAACACGCGGUCCCCGCAGCUCACCCAGAGCCUCAGCACCCUCUCGCUGUCGCCCAAGCUGGUGCCGCGGGGCACAACAGGCGCUGGCGGGCGGCACCGCUGGUCUCCGGCUGCCGGGCACAGCAAGGACCAGCUGGAGGAGCUGCUGGAGCCGCCCAAGCUGGUGAUCACGGAGCAGCCCAAGCAGCGGGGCAUGCGAUUCCGCUACGAGUGCGAGGGCCGCUCGGCCGGCAGCAUCCUGGGCGAGAGCAGCACCGACGCCAGCAAGACACUGCCGGCCAUCGAGCUGCGGAACUGCCAUACGAUCCCCGAGGUGAAGGUGACAGCGUGUUUGGUGUGGAAGGACUGGCCCUACCGCGUCCACCCCCAUGGCCUGGUGGGCAAGGACUGCAGCAACGGACUCUGUGAGGUCGUCCUCAAGCCCCAGACAAACCCCAAGCACAGCUUUAGCAACCUGGGCAUCCAGUGCGUGAAGAAGAAGGAGAUCGAGGCGGCGAUAGAGAAAAAGCUGCAGUUGGGCAUUGACCCCUUCAAAGCUGGUUCCCUCAAGAACCAUCAGGAGGUGGACAUGAACGUGGUGAGGAUCUGCUUCCAGGCCUCCUACAAGGACGGCUCCGGGCAGACACGGCACCUCAGCCCAGUGCUCUCGGAGCCCAUCUUUGACAAGAAGUCCACCAACACCUCGGAGCUGCGGAUCUGCCGGAUGAACAAGGAGAGCGGUCCCUGCACAGGUGGCGAGGAGCUCUACCUACUCUGCGACAAGGUCCAAAAAGAGGACAUCGCGGUGGUUUUCCGGAAGGAGACGUGGGAGGCGCGGGCGGACUUCUCGCAGGCCGACGUUCACCGCCAGGUCGCCAUCGUCUUCAAGACGCCGCCCUACCAGCACCUGGAGCUGGCUGAGCCCGUGGAGGUGGAGGUCUUCCUGCAGCGGCUCACUGACAGCGUCUGCAGCGAGUCCUUCCGCUUCACCUACCUGCCCAAGGACCACGAUGCCUAUGGGGUGAACGUGAAGCGGAAGCGGGGGAUGCCCGACGUCCUGGAGGAGCUCUCGGGCUCAGAUCCCUACGGGAUCGAAGCCAAGAGGAGGAAGAAGCCGCCGGGAUACAUGGAUCACUUUGCACCGCUGACGGUGGCAGAAGAUGCCUUUGCCUUCUUCACCGGGGAGCCAGAGUCCUUCGACACCCUGUCCCAGCUCUACGUCCCUUUCGUGUCCCCACCGGGCCACCGCGAGGGGCUGCCCCCCCCAUACACCCCCACGGACUUCCCGGCCUGCCUGGGCCCCGAACUGCUGGCCGAGCCCUACGGCUCUCCCCCCCGUGCCCCCCCCUUCCCCCCCACCGACCCCCACCCCACUGCCAGCCUGGUGGGCACCCACAUGUUCCCCGGCCACUACAAGGACACCGACCUGCGCCUCGGAGACGUCUGAGCCCCCCCAGCACCCCAGUAGCCCUCCCCUCUCUGAGCUCGGGGGGCCCCCUUGCCCCCCACCCCCCCCGCCCCGGGCCGGCUGGCCCCGCCGGGGCGGCACCGAGCCCCCCGGAAGGAUUUCCCCCCUCAGUCAAGCCGCUUUGCACUAUAUUUAUGGGG